GCUUGCGCUCGUGUGUGUUGUGUGUGUGGUGGUGAUGGGGGUUGCGGUGAAGGAUGCGAGGCCAGGCGCCAAGGGCCUUGACUGCACCUUCAUCGUCGUGGAGAAAGACUCUGUGUCCUCAACAAAGGAGGGGGAGCAGGUGAUCGUGUGGCGUGUGGCUGAUCCAACAGGGAGCAUCCUGCUCUCGACGUUUGGCGAGGCAGGCGCAGCUGUCAAGGAAGCAGACAUCCUCAGGCUCAAGAACGGGUAUUGCACGCGAUACAGAGACCAGGCUGUGGUGUACAUUGGCCGAGGCACCCUCGAACGAGUUGGAGAGUUCACCAUGAUGUACUCACUGGAGCCCGAUAUGAGCAAGCUCCCACCCGAACCCACGGCAGCGUCAGUAUGACAACCACAGCCAGCAGCUGGCCUGCUCUUCCCUCCACUGCAUAUCAUUGCACUCCCUGUCAGCGAGGUGCAACCCCUACCAUUGUAAGCGUCUGUGAUUCGUUCGGUCUAAUGGGUGUGGGCGACUGCCCGCAAUAAACAAUGCAACACAGAGA